AAUGCCAGUUCCUUCAGGAUAUGCAGCACACCCACAAGGAAGCCAACCGUCGUGUUUUACAAAGAUUCGAAUGGGAUUAAUGAUGGGAGCAAUGAUUGGCGGAGCAACAGGCAUUCUUCUCGGCGGAUUCAUGGGCUUCAGAGCUGGCAUGCGAGGCAAGGAUCUUCUCCUACAAACCGGCAAAACUGUGGCACAAUCCGGCGGAUCAUUCGGCGUCUUCAUGGGUGUUGCCCAGGGUCUUCGCUGUUAAUCUUUACUUUUUUUGCUUGUUCCCCUCCAACCUGUUUUCUGUUUUUUCCCCCGUUUAAGUUUCCACAGGCGCUAGGUCUUUCAUAGAAAAAACUCAAUAAAAAAAUAAAAUUAAUCAAUUCGU